AUGAAAUCGAGAUUUUACAAAUAUGGUGACCUGAUAAUAGACAACAUCGAGGGCGGCUACUACUCCCCGGUGCGCCAUUACAGUGCGGCCAUGGGCCAGAGUGGCGAGACCAUGUUUGGCAUGGAUCGCCGCUGGGGUGGCUCUGUGGUAAACGACAGCAAGCCCGGCAAGGAGUUCUGGUCCAUCAUCGACAGGGAGAGUGCCACUUGGCCAUACAACUACAAGGGCGGCACCAACGCCAAGAAACUGCGCCGUCUGGCCUCCGAGAUAAUGUGGAUAAGCUACGAUAAGUAUUUCAAGCAGUAUCUCAGCAAGAAGGCGCAGCGCAUAGUGUCACGCUCACCGAGGCUGGAGGCUCAUUUCUUCUAUGCCUGCUGGAAUGGCGUGGUGCGCUUUCAGCAGUUUGCCGAGGCUAUCAACAAGGCCGUGGAAUCCGGCACCACCAGCUUGAAGGAUUUGGAGCAGGUGGCGCUCAAUUCACGUCUCAAUCACUCUGUAGCCCUUCUGCGCCGUGGCGGCGAGAUCUUCCGUGACAGGAUUUUCCCGAAACUCAGCCGCCGCCGUGUGCCAGUGUGGCCGUUCUUGGCCGGGGGCGCUCUGCUUAUUGCAGGGGGCACUGUAUGGGCCGUAAAGAAGGCGGAUAUAUAUGCUGGUGGUACUGUUUGUGGUGGUGUGGCGUACAAUAAGGGAGUUCUUUAUGCGCAAUGGGUAGAGCCCAGAGGAGGCUCUUUCAAUGUUCAGGGACGUACUUAUGAUAUUCUUUUGCAUCAUAUAGGUUCAUACUAUACCAUAAAGCCACGAGUCAAGAAGUUGGAGCUGUAUAAGUACGACCGAUACAUGGCGACUGACUUUUUCGAUAUAGACAGCAAGGAGCAGAAUCCCGAUGCUUUUGAUGCCGUGGAAGAUUGCGAAUAUAUCUAUGGCGAUUUCGUGACGUAUUCUCCAUCAGACAGCAAGCCCAUUUCCCCGGGGCUUAUACCUAGAUACAGGCAAAGGCUUGAAAAACCCAUCAAGGGAAAUCUGUAUUUUGUGGAGUCUGUUUACAGGGAAUACAAUAAUGCCGUAGGUGAUUUUGUAAUUGUUUAUGUAUUGCGCAGCUUCGACAACAAGAAGCUGAUACAACGCACUAUUGCGGUGGAGCAGGAAAUAAAGUAUUACACCGACAGGAUGAGGAUAUUGCUUGCCGUGGCUGUCCAUAAGCGAUGGGCAUUGGAGAGCGUGAACAAGAAAAAGGGAAAAACUCUCUCCAGCCUCGGCGAUGCCGACAGCGAGGACGGCGACGAGCUUUCCGAAGAGGACCGCAAGCGUAUGGAGGCCAAGCGCAAAAAGGUUUGGGAUAUGGCCAACAACACUUUCCGAAUGGUGAAUAAGCUGGAGAGCCUUUUCAAGGAGGUGAAACUCAGCGACCUGAAACCCGGCAAUAUCUUGGUGGAAUACAUAUCCGGCAAGCCCUGUUUGGGCUAUUCCAAGGUGAUGAAAGUCAAUUCGGGCAACAAGUGGUAUCCUGUGGACACCGUGGAUUGCGACCGCUCCGGCGUGCCUGUUACUGGCCAUGGUGUCAGAGGCCACUACAUUACGCCCACAGAGAAACUCUACAUCAUAGAGAGCCUUCCGGCACCACCAAAAGCCAAGGUGAUAGGCAGGGAGACCAUCAAGGGCGAGGUGUUCGACAUCUAUUCCAACACCGACGAUACCAUAGGCCAGAUAUACAACUCGCCAUCCUUCUGCAUAGGCCAUCAGGUUUAUUACGAGGUGGGCGGCCAAGGCAAGUAUGGAUAUGUGAAAUACCCGGAUCUGUAUUACCCCACAACAGAGCCCGGCGAUGCUUACAUAAAGUCGAUAGCCAAUUCACGGGACUUUGUGAAAGAAUACCCAUUCCUGCACCUAUAUCCCGGCUACGACAAGAAACUGAAAUCCGACAAUGUGAGGAGCUUGCUUAAAAAGCAUUUCCCCAAUACAAAAUUCUCAAUCCGCACCACCCACGACAAGUGCGAGAUCUCGUGGGUGGACGGCCCAACAGAGGAGCAGGUGAGGGAAUACGCCAGAUUGUUUCAGGAGGCCGACGACAGCGACUAUUACAGCGACUAUCACUCGUCGGUAGAUACGGAUUUCACCCGGCUGUUUGGCGGAUAUGAGUAUCUUGUAAACUGGACUUCUAGGUCGUUUUCGGAUGAUCAGAAACACAGGGUUAUCGCCAACUACCCGGAGCUGGAGGGCCGCAUAAACGCCCAAGAUUUCCUCAACAAGUACCCCAAUCUGUCGCAGGAGAUAAGCGACGAGUACGGUGUGAAAAUAGACUAUUACAGCGAGCUGAGGUAUCUGAUGAGGUAUGAUAUUGGAGUGGAGCACAUCCUAAGGAGCGUGCCGCUGCCCGAUUACGUGCCCAUAAAGGCCAAGCAGAAAGGGCUCUCGCCUCUGGAGAAGAAGAUCCGUGAUGCGGUGGGCAGCGGCAACCUUAUCGCAAAGAUAGACGGCCGCUAUGUGCUCGCCAAAAAGCAAGCAGUGGUAUCAACGCAGAGUACUAUAUGGUCGGUGGGUUACAGUCAGCCGUCCACUCGCAACAAGGUGAUACAGAAAUUGCAGGAUGCCGGAUUCAAAACCGACGAGCAGACUAAUUGGAUAUACCGCAACAGCGAUAUAGAGAUAUUCAACUAUCCCGAAAUGAUGGCCAAGGUAAAGGCCGAGAGAGCAAGUAUGGGACUUCCCGACACCUACAAUCCAUAUUCGCUGAUAGUGGCCAACUCGCUGAGGCGUAUUUUGGAGAAACGCAACGGAGAGCUGGCAUCCAAUAUGAGGAAUAAUAACAAAUAA